AGUGGUUCGGUGAAAACGAUGCGUAUUGCGUAUCAAAAAGUUGCCAACUAACCUAUAUGUAUAUUUUAUUACGAGUCCAGCCCGGAUUCCAUGGAUUAUCGAUCCGUUCGUUGUCGCUUGUUGUUAUCUCCGCGUCCCUGGACGACAACUACGACAACUAACUGUGGAGACUGGAAGGUGAGUUGACCGAGUUACAGCAUCAGACGUUGAGCACCGACCAGUGAUUACUCAUUGUUUACAAAGCCUGAGUCCGUUUACAGUUUUUUGCUCGUCUCCACUACCAUCGCAGUCCUCAAAUUCCAAUACUCAGAUCAAAUCCGACCAUACGGUAGUGAAAGAAAAGAUGGCACUCAAAGCGAUCGUCGGCCAGAAAAUAAUGGACGAAGUGAUCAAACGGAAAGAAUCGAAAAAGGGUACUGCGGAAAAACUGAUCGAAUGGCGGGUGCUAGUGGUCGACCAGCUGGCAAUGAGAAUGAUAUCAUCGUGUUGCAAGAUGCAUGACAUCUCGGACGAACGGAUCACCCUUGUGGAAGACCUCCAUAAGAACCGCGAGCCGUUGCCCACAAUGGACGCCGUUUAUUUGAUCACUCCCUGUGAAAAGUCCAUCUCCACACUCAUCAGAGACUUCUCCAGUCCGGGGAAAUCCAUGUACAAAAAUGCUCAUGUAUUCUUUACCGAAGUGUGUCAAGAAGAACUCUUCAAUGAACUGUGCAAUUCGAUUGCUGCCAAAAAAAUUAAAACUCUCAAAGAGAUAAACAUCGCUUUCCUACCAUAUGAAAGUCAGGUAUUUUCUUUAGACUCCCGUGAAACAUUUCAAUGUUACUAUAAUCCAUUACUAGUAAGCAGUCGUAUCCCAAAUAUGGAACGUAUUGCAGAACAGAUUGCUACAGUUUGUGCUACAUUAGGAGAAUAUCCAUCAGUAAGAUAUAGAAGUGACUUUGAACGCAAUGCUGAGUUGGCUCAAAUUGUGCAACAAAAGUUAGAUGCUUAUAAAGCUGAUGAGCCAACAAUGGGUGAAGGUCCAGAAAAAGUGCGUUCACAGUUAAUUAUAUUAGAUAGAGGAUUCGACUGUGCAUCUCCAGUCUUGCAUGAGCUUACGUUUCAAGCUAUGGUUCAUGACCUUUUGUCAAUAGAAAAUGACGUUUACAAGUAUGAAGCCAAUGCAGGAUCUCCUCUUAUUAAGGAAGUGUUAUUGGAUGAGAAUGAUGAACUUUGGAUGGCGCAUAGACAUCAGCAUAUUGCUGUGGUAUCCAAGAAAGUAACACAACAAUUGAAAAAAUUCUCAGAUUCUAAACGCAUGUCUACAGUUGAUGAAGGCAAAUCUUCCAUGAGUGAUUUAUCUACUAUGAUUAAGAAAAUGCCUCAAUAUCAAAAAGAGUUGAGUAAAUAUUCAACUCAUUUGCAUCUGGCUGAAGAUUGUAUGAAACAUUAUCAAGGUAACGUGGACAGACUUUGUAAAGUAGAGCAAGAUCUUGCUAUGGGUACCGACACGGAAGGUGAGAAGAUCAAAGAUCAUAUGAGAUGCAUUGUGCCCAUACUGCUAGACCCGAGUGUGACUAGCAACGACAAAAUGAGGAUAAUUAUAUUGUAUAUUUUGUCAAAGAAUGGAAUAUCAGAAGACAAUCUUAACAAAUUGAUACAACAUGCUCAACUUACACCAAUUGACAAACAAACAAUUGUCAAUUUGAACUUUCUUGGUAUCAACUCUAUUGUUGACGGUAACAGAAAAAAACAAUAUCAAAUUCCACGUAAAGAGCGCACCUCUGCACAGACAUAUCAGAUGUCUCGUUGGACACCAGUGAUCAAAGAUUUGAUGGAAGACUGUAUUGAAGAUAAAUUGGAUGCUAAACAUUUUCCUUUUCUCGCAGGCAGAGCUGCCUCAUCUGGAUACCAUGCGCCAUCUAGUGCACGAUACGGACACUGGCACAAAGACAAAGGAAAGGGUCAACAACUAAUAAAAAAUGUUCCAAGAGUAAUAAUAUUCGUGAUUGGAGGAAUCAGUUUUUCUGAGAUGAGAUGUGCAUAUGAAGUAACUAGUAAUGUAAAAAACUGGGAGGUUAUUAUAGGUGCAUCUCACAUUCUUACACCAGAAGAUUUCAUCAAUAAUUUAUCAGCUUUAAGUCAAUAAAGCUUGUUCAAUUCACAUUUUUUAAGUAUUUAAUAUUGUUUUAAGUAUGCCCUUAAAAUGUUAAAAUCAUGAAUUUUGUAAUCAAAAUUUAAAUAUCAUACAGUACAACAUUAUGGAAUUAAUACAAAUAAUUACACAUUGUUCA